AUGCCGCUCUGUCUCACCUUCAUCGACUUAAAGAAGGCGUUCGACUCAGUUGAGACGGAAGCGGUCGUGGAAGCUUUGGACAACCAAGGCGUCCCCACUCCGUACAUAAAGGUACCUCGAGAGUUGUACAGUAACUUCACGACCGGAAUUUCGCCAUUCUACAUGAACAUCAUCAUUGAUGUGAAGAGGGGGGUCCGACAGGGUGAUACAAUUUCACCCAAAAUAUUCACAGCCACCCUCGAGAACGCAAUGCGAAAGUUGGAAUGGGACAACGUGGGAGUGAAGGUUGAUAGUCGGCAGCUACACCAUUUGCGCUUUGCUGAUGACAUCGUACUGAUAACACCUAGCAUCAGCCAAGCGGAACGAAUGCUGACCGAAUUCGACGAAACAUGUGGAUGCAUCGGUCUUCGGCUGAAUCUACAAAAGACGAUGUUCAUGCGGAACGGAUGUAUCUCGGAUGCCCCAUUCACGCUCAACGGAACGAACAUAUCCGAAUGCACCAGCUACGUUUAUCUGGGUCGGGAAUUGAACAUGAUGAACGGCCUGACCCCCGAGCUGGGCAGGAGGAGAGGAGCGGCUUGGGGAGCGUACAAGAGCAUCGAGGAUGUAGUGAAGAAGACCAGGAACACCCGGCUCCGUGCCCACCUCUUCAUCACCACCGUACUUCCUGCUUUGACCUAUGCAUCGGACACCUGGGCAUUUCGCAAGCAAGGAGAAAGCGCGGUGAGCGUCAUUGAACGCGCAAUUGAGAGAGUGAUGCAAGGAGUAUCCCGUUUCACGCAAGUGAGGGACGGGAUUCGAAGUUCUCUCCUACGUCAACGAUCGAAGAUUAGAGACGCCGCCGCGUUUGCCAAAGAAAGUAAAAUAAGGUGGGCCGGAUACGUGACGCGCUUUGACGACAACCGUUGGACCAGAGCCGUGAGCGACUAG